GAGCGGAGCGGGUCGCCAGGCGGGGGUGUCUCGCUGCAAAAUAGGAGGCCUCCGAUUCCGCUUCUGUAGCCCGUAUAACUUUUCCUAUCGUAAUGCGGUGUGUGAGAACAAAAGGAGAUGGCUAACCCAGUGCGGGGAGAAAGGUCAGCCAUGUCAUCUGCACCUCCUCCGCCACCACAGCCCCCCACCCACCAGGCUUCAGUCGGGCUACUGGACACCCAGCGGGCCCGCGAUCGAUCACCAUCCCCUCUCCGGGGCAAUGUGGUCCCCAGCCCGCUGCCCACUCGCCGGACGAGGACCUUCUCUGCGACGGUGAGGGCCUCGCAGGGCCCUGUCUACAAAGGAGUCUGCAAAUGUUUCUGUCGAUCCAAAGGCCACGGCUUCAUCACCCCAGCUGAUGGCGGCCCUGAUAUCUUUCUGCACAUCUCCGACGUGGAAGGGGAGUAUGUCCCAGUGGAAGGCGACGAGGUCACCUACAAGAUGUGCUCCAUCCCGCCCAAGAACGAGAAGCUACAGGCCGUGGAGGUGGUCAUUACCCACCUGGCGCCGGGCACCAAGCAUGAAACCUGGUCCGGCCACGUCAUCAGCUCCUAGGAGAGGCCGGAAGCACCCCUUCUUCUGGGCUUGAGGGAAACUCUGGGGGGAGGAGGAGGCAGGACCAGACUGGAGAUGACAUUCUACCACAAGAGAUGUGAGCUACCACUCAAAGCGGGGAGCAUGGUCCCUUUCAUGUAUCCUGGAGGAAGGAGUGUCGGGGGCCGGCACGGGGUGCUCUCGGUCACCAGCACAGCCUCUGAUCAGCACAACAGCCUCACCACCUGAAAACUAUUAAAAGCAUUGACAAAGGCGAGGCACCUGCCUGUGGCUGAUUAGAGGGCCCAACUCCAGUCCAGGCGGCACCGGUCAGGUGGUAUUUCUCCAGUCCACAGAGUCCCUCGUCCCCUUCCCCCUGGAGUUGGAGGCUCAAAAUCCCACUGGGGGGUGGUGACAUGGACCCUGUGUGUGUCCCGGCAUGAAUUCCCACCCACGCACCACUUUGUUGGGUCUUUCCUAGGCCCUGGGCAAAGCAGGCUUCCCUGAUUCUUCGCUUGGUUGGUUCCAGGUCAGCUGGCUUCAGCGGGCAGGUGGUGGGGAGAGCAGGGGCCUCAGGCGCCUUUGCAGCCAUGCUCAGAGCUGAAUUCUGACCCUGAGAGACCCGGUCUUUUCCACCUGUCUUCAAGCUGAGUGAUCAUGGCUCAGCAGCCAUUUCCUAUCCCCUGUCAUUUAGAUAGUGGGGGAUGGGAUGGGUGAAGGGAGUGUGGAGAGGGGAGCUGGUUUGUUUAAAAACAGAUCUUUCUCCUGAUCCAUCCAGAAAAGAGUAGGUAGCUUGCUUCCUGACAGCCUGGUAAACUCAAACGUCGAAGGAGAAACGCACAUUUGCUGAACGGGUUUUCUUGAAAACAGGUGUGAAGAAGUGCUUAGGGUUGUUUUUUUGUUUUUUUUUAAAUAACUAAAGCUCUCCCCCAGAGCCAGCUCACUUUAUACCUUGCUGCCAACAUUGUGAACCUUUGUAGAUCAAUCCUUAGGGUUUUAUUUGCUGUGGUUUGGUUGGGCUUUAGGUGUGAUUUAAAAAUAGAGAUAGCUGGGUAAUGUUUUGAAAUAUGUGGCUUAUCUGUAGAAUUUAUUUGUCAGCUUGGGGAACUGAACCCUUUACAGCUGGCUUUUGGGCAGACAAGGAUGUUCCUGACAAAAGACGGAGGAAGUUGGAUGCAAAGGAUAGUACCGGCCUUAUCAAGAGUCUUCGUUCUGGGGACAGGUCUGUCUUUCAGCCUGGGGACUGCUUCCUUUGCAGGGGGUGGAAGGCUGGGACUAUUGUGCUGAUGACUGGUUUGAAACAGGCACAUGAGUGUGUGGAUGAUGUGUGUGCAGUGAAGCAUCACACCUAAGGGAGUUGAUCCGCCUUUUCUUUUCCUGGCCCGUCCCACGCCUUUGAGGGUCCUCUGCCUCCUGCCUCUGCCUUCCGCUGGGUCCAAGGUGGCCUUCCCCCUGCGGCCUUGGAUGUUUCCCAGGUGGCCCCUGGAAGCCUGUGGGGUGCAGACCACGCUUCCAGAGCCACUUCUGCCAAGAGCCUGCGUCUUCAUUCCUCUCCCCCAGGUGUCCUCACCUGGGUGCAAGGCCUGGCCUUGUGUGUGACCCCACCUGGCUCUGCCCACCCGUGGGUUGGGAGUUGGAUCUACUGUUCGGAGGUGUGGCCUCUGGGUCCUCUUACCAGGUAGACUCCUUUGUAAGCGGCGUUUGCGGUCCUCCCUGUGUGACCAUAUCUCCUUCAGUCGAUUAUUCCAGAACUGCAGGAUGUUAGAGCUGGAAGGGAUGCCUUUCCUGCUCAAUGUACAGAAACUCCGUGAGGCUCUGGGGGGACCUGUGGUGUUGGUGACGGAACUGGGAAUAGCACCCAGGAUUCCUCAAUCCAGAUCCUUCCUCUCACUGGACACCCUUUCUCUCAAUAAAGUUUGUUUUGUGCAA